AUUUGGUAUAGUGUAGUAUAUAACGAGUGUCAAUUCAUUGUGUCAUCAGUAAUAAACUAGCUACCGAGCAAGACUGUCUUUCACUCGCACCUUACCGAUAUACCAACUGGCGACGAGUCGUGUACAUACCCGCGUUUAAAAUAAAAAAAUAAAAAAUGAGUUCUUAUCUCGGAAACUUAGCUUCUUUUGACUAUAAAAUUAAUGAGUGGGAAGUGUUUCACAGUAAAUUAACACAGUUUAUAAAGUUAAAUAAAAUCUCUGAUGAUAGUCAAAGUGCAGUGUUAUUGACACAUCUCUCGGAUGACUCAUAUCGGUUAAUUCGAAAUUUGGUGCACCCAAAGAAGCUCGAAGUAUGUAGUUAUACUGAGCUGGUAGAAGCGCUAAACCAGCAUUUUACGCCAAAAAGGUCGACCUUCGCAGACAGGGCAAAAUUCUACGAAGCAAGCAGAUCGGACGGUGAGAGUAUCGAAGAAUGGGCGGCACGGCUAAGAGGGUUGGCCGUAUAUUGUGACUUCGGUGCUGAGCUGGACACGCUCCUGCGCGACCGUUUCGUUCUGGGCUUCCGAGCAGGGCCGGAGCGUGAUAAACUCUUCGAAUGUGAUUCGAAAACCUUGACAUUCGGACAAGCCUUGGAAGUGGCACAGAAGACGGCUUGUGCGCGACAGGCGCGCGUCGUCGUGAAAGAGGAGCCAGUAUUUCGCGUCGGUGAGCAGCGGAAGGCUGGCCACGGCCAGGCUCAGGCCAAGCCGAGUCGAUCGGAGGAUAGAUCGAGUGUAAUGCAGCGCUGUAGUGUGUGCGGGUUGCGAUCCCAUAGUGCCGAUAAGUGCAGGUUCCGUAACCUGAAGUGCAGAUCCUGUGGGGGAGGGCAUUUAGUAAAUGUGCAAAAAUAAAUCUAAUGUGCAUAACAUCGGUGCACAAUCGGAAGGGUGUGCCCAAGACCCUCUUGCAGGGAGGGAUUGCAGGGAGUGUGACCUUUUUAACAUGAGGUACGUAGACUAUAAGCCCAUAUUAUUAACAGUAAACGUGAACAAUACUCAGUUACAUAUGGAAUUAGACUCUGGUUCGGGUGUAUCUGUGUUAUCAGAGAAUUUUUAUUUAAAAUAUUUUAAGAAUUCUAAACUACAUAAUGGUGAUCUGCGAAUGUGCGUAUAUACUGGUCAUAAAAUUACACCUUUAGGAUAUUUUAUUAGUGAAAUUACGUAUAAUAAUAAAACAAAUAAAAUUAAAUUUUAUAUUAUUAAAAACGGGGGCCCCCCGUUACUAGGUCGUGAUUUUAUGGCUAAGUUUGGAAUUUCUUUUGUAUCGUCUAAUAAUAAUAAUUUAAUUUGUAAAAGUAGGCCUACUGAAGAUGUGCAGCGGUUGUUAAGUCAAUACCCAGAGAUUUGGAAGGAUGAUUUAGGAUGUUUUAAUAAGUUUGAAGUUGAAUUGCACUUAAAAGAUGAUGCGAAACCGAAGUUUUUUAAGCCACGAUCCGUUCCUUUCGCAUUGAGAGACCAAGUUAACGCGGAACUCGAUAGAUUAGUUAAAUUAGGAAUUCUCAAGCCUGUUAACCACUCAGAGUAUGCUACCCCGAUAGUUCCAGUGCUAAAAGAAAACGGGAAAUUAAGAAUUGCUGGAGAUUAUUCGUGUACAUUAAAUAAAGACCUAAAGAUAGAUAAAUACCCCUUACCUAGGAUCGAGGAGGUUUUUUCUAGACUAGGAGGGGGAGAGUGUUAUUCGAAAAUUGACCUAAGUAAUGCUUAUAAUCAAUUUAAAUUAUCGGAGUCAUCUCAAAACCUUACGACUAUCAAUUCUGAAAAAGGGAUGUUCGCUUAUACCCGUCUGGUUUACGGGCUAGCUAAUGCCCCAGCAAUAUUCCAGAGAGCGAUGGAAACAUUAUUAGCAGGGCUGGAUGGAGUUAGCGUCUGGCUAGAUGAUGUUUGUAUAACUGGACCAACAAGGGAAAUUCAUAUGUCUAGACUUCAUUCGGUUUUAAGUAGAUUGCAAGACGCAGGUUUACGUUUGCAAAAAGACAAAUGCGUUUUUUUCAAAAAUAAUGUGACGUACUUAGGGUACGUGAUAGAUAAGACAGGGUUAAAAACAUGUCCUACGAAAGUCGAAGCGAUACUCAAAGCGCCCGCGCCCGCGAACGUGCUCGGGGUCAAGCGUUUUUUGGGAGUCGUUAAUUAUUAUAGGAAAUUCAUUCCGGGUGCGUCGGCGUUGCUAAGUCCACUGCAUGAGUUAUUACGCUCAGGCGCACAGUGGCAUUGGAGCGAGCGGCAGCAAGCGGCAUUCGAGAGCGUGAAGCGCGAGCUAGCUAGCGAGCGCGUCUUAGCACAUUUCGACCCCGCCGCCCCCCUUCUCCUCACCGUGGAUGCGGGGCCGUGUGGCUUGGGAGCAGUACUCGCUCACAGAGACGCCGAAGGCCGCGAGCGUCCUAUUGCAUUUGCGUCCCGUUCCUUAACGCAGAGCGAAAAGAACUAUAGCCAAAUACAGAAAGAGGCGACGGCUAUAAUUUUUGGUGUGAAAUAUUUUCAUCAAUAUUUAUAUGGACGUCAGGAACCGUUUAUACUGAAGACGGAUCAUAGGCCGUUACUAUCUAUUUUUGGUAAAAACAAAGGCAUUUCUGUCACUGCAGCCUUACGUUUACAAAGAUACGCAGUAAUAUUAUCCGCUUAUAAUUAUACAGUACAGUAUAUAGAUGGCAAGAAUAACCAAAUCGCAGAUUUCUUUUCUCGCUCACCCAUAUCGGUAACAUUAGAUAAUGAACGAGAGGACGGUUACGCUAAAUAUUUCUUAUUCUUCGAGUCGAACGCGGAACCGGUAUUGUUCAGUGAUAUUAGACACGCGACCGCGGCGGACAAGGUACUGAAAACAGUAAUGAAAUACAUGAGUAAAGGUUGGCCUAGGAAAAUAAAGUGUAAAUCAAUAUUGCCGUAUUUCCUAUGUAAAGGAGAUCUAGAAGUGGUGGAUGGCUGUUUAUUACGGGGCCAUAGAAUAGUAAUUCCGGUCGCCUACAGAGAAAGUAUGUUAAAAGAACUACAUUCAUCUCAUUUCGGCAUAACAAAAACUAAAAAUAUGGCUCGCGGAAAAAUGUGGUGGCCUCAGAUCGACUCGCAAAUCGAACGGAUGGUGAACUCGUGUCAGACGUGCGCAGGCCUGCGCAGUGCGCCGCCGCGCGCGCCGCCGGCGCCGUGGCCUCGCCCGCCGGGGCCAUGGCAUCGAAUCCACCUAGAUUAUUUUUCUAUCGGCCAGUCAAUUUAUUUAAUUGUCGUGGAUGCAUAUUCUAAAUGGUUAGAAUGCAUUUAUAUGGACCGGGGCACAUCUACCGGUGCGCUUAUUUUUAAGUUAAAAGAAAUGUUCUCUAAAUUUGGCGUUCCCGCUGUGCUAAUCUCGGAUAAUGAUGUUAAGAUAAGUUCGGCGGAAUUUCAUAACUUUUGUAGAAUGAACGGAAUACAAUAUCUUACGUCACCGAUCUAUCAUCCAGCUAGCAAUGGACAGGCAGAGAACUCUGUAAAAACAUGUAAAAAAAUGAUAAAAUGCAUUCUAUCUGAAGGUAAAUGCCAAAAACAUGUCAAUGAGAAACUCCUUAGUUUUCUUUUUAACUAUAGAAAUAGUGUACAUUGCGCAACAGGGGCCACACCGGCUAUGCUGAUGAUAGGUCGGAAUUUAAGAUCUAGAUUGGAUUUAAUUUUACCGCCUAAGCAAUUUGAUAAACAAGACAAGCCAACAUUAAAUCAAAGUCGUAAUUUUAUUGUAGGUGAAACUGUUUGGGCUAAAUGGUAUAUUGCGAAAAAAGGUAUCUGGUGCGUGGGCGUAGUAAAAAAAAUUAUAGGAUCGCGAAUGUUACAAAUUUACUUUGAAGAUUAUAAGACAAAUUGUAACAGGCAUAUUGACCAGGUCAGAAAAUAUACUGGAAGUGAUGUAAACUUAGAUGAUUGUCUACAAACGCCUCAUAGUUCAGUUACGCCAUUUUCACCGCAUCCGUCAGUCCCCGCGCCGUCGCUUACUGAGCCACCGGCUUCUGGACCGGCAUCUCCGCCCCCUCCUGACAUUGCUGUGGUGGAGGAGAGGGACUUGCAGGUUCAGACAGGCAGUAGUCCUUCUGCCGCUGAAAAUGAAGGACAAGACCUUACGGACCAAAGAGAAACGGUUGGCGAAAAAGGGGCGGAGCCUGGGGAAGACGGUGAAAACAAGUUGUACGUACCAGGUUCCGAUUUAGUUAAUGAGCCAAUUAGUUCUGACAGUUCUAAUCCCGAUGUCUGGCGAUCUACUCGUAGAAGAGUUAGAAAACGUAUAGAUUAUAGGCAGUAUUUUAAGUAAGUAAACAAAAAAAAUACCCGUUGUGUAUAUAUUGUUCCAGGUUUCCAAACUAGUGUUGGAGGGAUGUAGUAUAUAACGAGUGUCAAUUCAUUGUGUCAUCAGUAAUAAACUAGCUACCGAGCAA